AAGUAGGCUUAUAUAUUCACCACCAAUUUAUGUCUCAUCAAAUUUAGGGAUACUAGGGUUCAUCUCCACAAUCGAUUUUUGAUCAGACUGAAUACUGAAUCAGACGUCAUGUGGCACGAGGCACGGAGGUCGGAGAAGAAGGUCCACGACAUGAUGGACGCAGCUCGCAAGCGGGCCCAGCGCCGCGCCAUUUACCUUGCUAAGAGGCGCGGCGAUCCCCAGCAGUCAAUCCAGGCCGUCGGAUCCCGCUGCCGCAUCCUCCGCGACGACGCCCUCUACCACGCCACUCAAGAUCAGCAGGGCAUGAUACCUUGGAACGGCAAGCAGGAUGUUUUGAUUGACAGAUUCGAUGGCCGAGCUCUUCUUGACUUUAUUCGUGAUAGUAGUUCCAGGCGAUCUCGGGCUCCAGAGAAAACUGAAGAAGAGGAAGAGUUAGAAGAGUUUGUUAAUUUUGAGCGAUAUCGGGACUUAAUUAAACAUCGGCGUAGAGGAUUUGCCGAUGAGGAGGGUUUGCAACAUGUUAACCAAGAGAUGGAAGCGAAGCUCACUGCAACUUUUGGAUCUGACAGACCUCAUGUGGCUCAGCCUCCAGCAAAUAAAGGAUCAUAUUCUCAAGUUGGUUUUUCAUAUGAUGGAGAUGGACAAGAAGAUCUUCUGUCUUCGGAUGGUGACGAAGACGAUGACGAAGAUGAGGAGGAAGAUUUCAAUAGUGAUGAUAGUAAUGAUGAAGCAACGGAGUCAAUCGCUAAGGAAUUUGGAGUGAAGAGGUACGGAUGGCUUGUAUAUAUGGAUAAAAAGGCUAAAGAGGAGGCAAGAAGGCAGAAAGAAGUUAUCAAAGGGGAUCCUUCAAUUAGGAAGCUGAGUCGUAAGGAGAGAAGGAAAGCCUCUCAGACUGAUAGAGAGAGGGAAAGAGAAGCUGCUCGUGUUACUGGAACUAGAGUUCUUCAUAAUGAUCCCUACAGGGACUCUAGGCGCAGUCCUACUUACGAAGCUUACUCGCGCUCUAGGAGGUCAAGAUCAAGAUCUCGAUCAUACUCUCCUUCACAGUCUAGGCGCUAUGCACAUGGAAUGCACCCUGAUGAUACUCACCGAAGUAAAGAUAGUGGUCCAAAAAUAGAGUAUAUUACUGAAUUUGGGGGCUCCGGUGAUGGGAAGGAGCAAAAGCUGGAAGGAUAUUCUCCACCACCAUCUCCUCCAUCUCAAAUCAAUGCAUUAAACCGGCCACCAUCUGGUCACAUACUUGAGGCUCUGCAUGUGGACCCUGCUUCAGGUGUAUCCCUUGACAAAGAUAGAAAAGAAAAACUACUGAAAACCACACAAAGCCUAUCCUCUGCACCAGCAAAGCUGAACAAAGCAACUACUAGUGGAAACCUCUCUAAGCAACAAGGGGAGAAGAAGGAAACACCUCAGGAACGACUUAAAAGGAUCAUGGACAAACAACUAAAUAAACAAAUUAAAAAAGACACAGCAGUUGAGAUGGCUAAAAAAAGAGAACAAGAGCAGCAGAGGCUUAAAAAACUUGCAGAAACUACUCGAGUGAGCAGAUAUCAGCACCGGAGUCGAAGUAGAAGCAAUAGCCAUUCUCCCAGAAGAUACAAGCGAAGCCGGAGUCCAAGCAAGGGAAGGUAUCUGCAGAGACACCAUUCACGCUCUCGCUCUCGCUCUCAUUCACACUCCCGUUCUCGUUCUCGUUCUCGUUCUCCCCGAAGAUCCCGUUCUCCUUGUCGCUCCUACUCAAGUUCCCGUUCCUACUCCCGCUCUAAAUCUCCACGGGGAAUAAGGCGGACAAGGUAUUGAAAGUAAAUCAGCUUUGAGAGUGCAUCAAGAAUUUUGCCAUCUGUAUUAGGCUUGAGCUUCAAGUUCAACCCAUGGUUUGUCAAAUUUUAUUGCAGUGAUUUAGGUAGCAUGUUAAAAUAUGAAUCUGUGCCUGUGAUCACCUGCUUUUCUAUAUCGGCUGAAUACACAUAAUUAUAUAAAAAUAUUUUGUUUAUUA